AUGGAAACAAAAGAUAAAAAAGGAAAGAUCAUAAAUCAGAAAGAGAUCCUUCCCUAUAGCGAGCAGAAAGGACAGGGCGAAAGGAACAACAGACACCUUGAUGAAGCUACUGGAAAACGUGAGGGUUCUCUGCAUUACAACGAGUUCAUCCACCGACUUAGCGGCAGGCCACUCGUGCUCGAGGAUCUCCCAAGCUUGACUGCUCCUUCCGGAGUGGACUCUCUUGAGCACGCCGCAGAAGAAUUGGUUAGCAAGCGUCUAACUGAAAAUUUGGCAUUGGACCAGAUUAAUAAGGAUAGUGGAAAGUCCACUGGUGGCGGGAGGAAAGGAGCUGGGAGAGGAGGAAGCAGCAGGCCACCUACCCCAGCAACCCCGGUAUCGAGAGAUGAUGCAAGAUACCAGCGCUUCUUCAGUGGGCUUAAUACACAGUUGGAGAAGUGGCGCGGUGAUUCUACAAACUACCCCAAGAUCAAGGAUCGCGAUACCGUCAUGAAAACGCUAAACGACCGUAUCCAUAAUCUCCGGAUUGAAGACGGUCAUCGGUUCAUCUAUGAGCAUUUCACCAAAGAGAACAAGAAAGGCGCCCUUGGUCUGAAGGACAAGGUCAUGACUGACUACAAGGUAUCUCUUGUUCCGGGCGGGCCUGACUAUCAACGUCUCAACCUUGGAGAGACCUGGGCGUAUUACGAAGACGACAUCAAGAAAGCCAUCGACAGGGAGACCGGUGGCAAGGUGAAAAUUGCAAGCUAUAAGGAUUUCGAGGACUGGGUUACAGAUUAUGGCAACCCGGAUGGACGCUUCGCAAAGGAGACCGCGGCCAACCCUUCACACUUCAAGACGCUUCAGAUGUGGAAAGCUAUCAAGCAAUCAAAUCCUUGUUAG